AUGGACCGAGUGGAGGACCCGCCUGGUGUGUUCCCGUUCAGCCCUCUGGCAGCCUCGCUCUCUCGUGAAGUGAGCCGCGGGGUGUCCCUCAGGUAUUGCUCUGCUGGUUCUAGUCUAGUAGGAGAUGCUGUGACUUUCAAGAGUGUCUUCGUGACGGCUGAUCGAGGAUUCUUUAUCGUCCAACCCGUAGUGCCCCACCAUGACCCUCCACCGCCACUACCAUCGCCGCCACUGCCCGUCGCCACCAUCACCACCUCCGCCCCGUUCCCCUCAGCCUCCUUCGCGCCCUCUAAGCCAGACACAUGGAUCGAGAGGCCCAUAAGUAAAGGCGAUAUCUCCCACCCUCCCACCCCUGACACUACACUAACGAAGCAUGCAGUGAAGGUUGAAAUCAGGCUUCCUCUUCACUCACCACCACCUCUCCCACUCCCCCGUCACUCUCACAGCUUACACGAGGCAGCAUCAUCACCACUUAGACGCUCUUUUAUCUCUCCCCUACCUCCUCCACGUGCCCGAGUUCCCUACACUCUCAGAGCCCUUGAUAUGCCCUCCUUGUGUCCCCCUAUCACCCCCUAUCACCCUCCCAUCGCCCCCUGA